UGUCCCGCCAUGGGUCUGCUGCAUUUCGUUGGGGAUCGGCUUCGGCUGCUGCAUCGUGCCCUUGUGGACUUUAGUGCAGCACGUGGUCGACAAAAAGGAGCACGAAGUCAUUCACGUGGGGGCUUGUUACAUGCAGCAGUCGUUGUGGCUUUUUUUCGGCAAUAUCAUGUAUGGAAAAUUGGUGGACGCAACGGGCGGAUACUGCUGGCCCCAGCUGGUUUUCACGGCUUGUGCCGUGGUAGGCCUCGCAGGCUUGUGCCAUGUGCGAAUAGUAGUCAGGAGGAAGGAGCAGCUAGGGGCAUCUGGAGGCGCUGGGGCAACUAGUGACGGACUAGGUGCUGGCACUAGACAAGAGGCGCCGUCAAGUAGCAUGGCGUCCCUUCUCCAGGAAGCGCAGGCCUCGUCCUCUUCGUCGCAGAAUCGCGAAGAAUUUGUUAGUGGUGUUGCGCUUGAUGGCAGAACAGCCGGUUCGGAGGCGGAUCUGUCGAUAGUGAUUGUGGCCGGAAAGGACUCCGAUGCGGGCUCCUUCGCGAGCACGACGACGGCAGGUAGUGUCGCGAGGUUUGCGCGGGGUGUAUCGGGUAGUACGUCUAAAGGCCACGACCCACGCUUGCGCGGCGAGUCCGAGAGUACACUGCCAAGUAGCGGCGGUUCCACACCCUCGUCCAGCGAAUUCGAGAAGCACGUAAGCAUUCAAAAUCGAGGUCGAGGAGGACAGCACCUCGUUCCACCCCAGCAACAACCCGGAGGAGGACCUCCAUAUGCUGCGGGCCGCGCUCACGACAUGAGCCCAAUGACGUCUUUGCGGGCACUGUCUUCACCCGGUCUGAUGAUCGACGCGGAGAUAGGACAGAUAGUGCGGCAUUACAGCCGUGAAACCGACACGGAGCAGCAAGGGCCUCGCUCUGCGCGCUUGCGCGUGCCUGGAGUAGCCAUGUCUGGGUCAUCAACGAGGGGGGCAAGAGUAUUAGCAACUCCUAGAGGCGUCUUCACAGGAGGAGGAAGCGAGUCAUCCUCAUCUGGGGGUCUGUCGGGGACGCUGCUGCAAGUGCCGUUUAACGGCGUGAAGUCCACUUUCCGGAUGGAAGACACACGAGUGAAAAUCCUAGGUCCAGCUGGCGAUAGUUCUGCUUCUGGAAAUGAGGACGUAGGAGCUGGAACUGAGAGCAUCGCCCCAGAUACAGGUGGGACCGUGCGAUUGCGAGUACUAGAUGAGUACUACGGCAUCGAUGGGCCUGCCAGCGAAAGUAAAGGAGCUGCAGCGACGACAGAAAAUAGUACACCGAGUAGUAGUAGCGGCGGUGGCGGUGGCCUCGACAUCUUUGAUACAGCGGAAGCAUGUAGCAGCAGAGUGACGACAGCCAGAUUGAGCAAUUUUCUGGAGAAAUCUCCUCCUAGCAGAGACGAGUCGGGAGAGGCAGCACCCUCAAUAGAGCUGCAGAACGAAGCUCGUCGAUUGAGUGCUGCCGCUCGCAUUAGUGUGACAGAAGAAGGGCAGACGCGUUCUUCACAGAGCGGCGGAGAGCUCGCAGUUGAAACUACAGCACGUAGUUCCGUUACAGAAGGGAGAGCUUCUGGCAGGUCGGCACGUGUUGUAGAACAAAAACCGCAGGAGGACGUCGAAGCCGUUGCGCCUCCACCUAGUGCGCAAGCGACUGCGAACGAAGCAAAACCUAGACCUACUGAACCGGUAGUAGGAUUGUCGCAAGCACUCCCGUCAGCGGACGUUGAUAGCCUGGUGAUACCAUCUGCGCCGCCACCAGAUGAGGAGGAGGCAGAGGAGCCAGUGCCAGACUCCGGUAGUCCAGCUCCUGCGCGACAAUCCGUUCCUGCGAGCGGAACAGCACGCAGGUCUGUGGGCGACGUCGCCACUGUGAUACCACCGAGUUCGUCUUCAUCCGAUGAGAAUGAGGACCGAGGACGUGGCUCAACAGAAGCGGAGAUGCUGCAGCGCAGACGGAGUAGUGUCAAGCACGGUAGAACAAGUCGCGUGUCUGUCGAUCUUUCCGCUGUCGAGACACAGCAACAGGCAUCCGCGCGUAUCUCUAGCUCUAGUGCACGGCCGAGCGCUACCUACGAACUACAACCGCCAAUGCCUACCUCAGCUUCAGCAGGAAAAAGCGUGAGCGGAAGAUCAUCGGAAGUUGCAGGUCCAGCACAGGUCGUCCAUGAAGCGUCCGAGACCACAGAAGCGGUGGACGAAAUAAUACCGGCACCCGUAAAAGGAGAGGAGGCCGAGAGUGCGAUGGCAAGGGUCAGCUUGGCAGCUUCAGAAGGGGUUGCCUCGAGCCGAUCAAGCGAAAUUGCGGGUCGGGCAAGCGAAACCGCUUCGCAGGAAGACGCGCAAGGGCGAGCGAGCAGUAAAAAAGCAAAACGGAAUACAAAAUCGAAGAACAAGAAGUAGCGCCGCAUCUAACUUGUCGAAAUUGAAGUACACUAACGGACCUUUUUCACACCCCUCUUUUCUAGAAUUUUACGUCGUUUCUUGUAGUUGGUCAAAAGUAUGUAAGUUUGACCUUCUAGAGUCGAUGGCGCAUUCUGGUGAAAGCGCCUAUUGCUAUUCAAGGAAACUUUCUUCGCUCUUACGUUUAGCUGAAAGUUGGUUUACGUACUAUUAUCGAGGUGGAAGUUGUUGUCAGCCAACAACACGAAGAUGGUGUUUUUUCAUAUGAUAAAUUCGUUUUCCUAAAAUUUAAAUCGUCGAGAGCUACGUUGGUCUUAGUACAUGUCUUAUGCAGCACGCUAGAGGAAUUGUAGCAAAGGUUUACAUCACAUAGAAUUUCCAUCGCACCUUUGUCUCCAAGAAGAAGAACAGUAUUUUUACAAAAGUAGCGACGCGCAUCUCCUUGUGCUGUAAGGCUUGUUAAAUCUCGGAUUUGUCACGGAUUCCAAGCUUGGAAGAAUCCCAGGUACUACUCCCUUGCGCCAAAGAAAGAGUCACCUGACUUGUUACCCGCUUUACUUCGGACUAGGGCGUCCCAUAUUUAGAUUUUGCAAGCACAAAUAGUAACACAAGAAGAAU